AUGGCGCGCGCUGACGAGAUUGCGGCUCAGGAAGCCUUUAACCGAGGGGAAGUGACAGAUGGCAGAUUGAGGCAGGGGUCAAUUGCUGCUACCGAGGCUCCAAAUCCCAGUCAACAGGCACCCAUUCACGAUGCGAGGCUACCAGAGGACAGUAUACUGGAGGAAGUGAGAGAGUACAUGUUGACAGCAAUAAACACAAGAAUGCAACAUCAUCCUGCGCUAUCGGAAACAUGUUUCAAAGUCGCCGAUGAACCUCUUAUCCAUCGCUCCAAGGAGAAAGGGCAUCGGUCCUUCAAUCAGUUAGUAGCCGAGCUGGUCGGCCGAUACAGUGGUGUCAAGAAAGGCAAAAAUACAUACUCCAACGAGUCUGUCCUCCAGACCUUGACCGGACGCAUGAAUAUGCCCUGGGAAAGUGUUGAGGAUGCACGCACUUGCAUGGAGGACCUUGGAAUUGAAAUUAAGGACAAAGUACAUGGGAACAGAUCGGUUGUCCAGUACGUCAACACUAUGGUGAAAAAGCAUCAUGGGCAACAAUCAGCACAAUCUUCCAAGCUAUCGUCCCCUCCUCCAUCGACCCCUCCUCAGAAUCAACAACUGCCCUCUCCUCAACAGCAGAAGCCACCACACCCUUCUCCCCGUAAUCCACAGGUCCUGUCACCUCCUCCUUCUGAGCAACAGCAAGCAAUACUUUCUUCACCUCAGAAUCAACAGCCGCACCUUCCACCUCCUCCUUCUCAGCAGCAGCAACCACUACUUCCUCCUCAACAGCAACAGCAACAGCAACAGCAACAGCAACAGCAACAGCAACAGCAACAGCAACAGCAACAGCAACAGCAACAGCAACAGCAACAGCCACAGCCACAGCCACAGCAACAGGAUCAGGAUCAGGAUAUAACGGACUUGACUCAAAAUCUGGAGGCGGCUUUCAACCCAUCCAAACACCCACAACAUGUUGAAGCUGGUUUUAAAUCUAACCCGCAGUUCCAGGAAGAAAUCACGUUCAAGGCAGACUCAGGCCUGCCCAUGACACCAGCUAGAAAGCGAGCUGAGAGGCAUCACACCCCAAGUCCAACCCCAAGUCAACAACCUGAUGCACAAGGUGACAUUCCGAUGCCAGCCGCACGACCAACUCUUGGCUUGAGGCCGUCACGAAUGAGAAACAGCGAGGCCCUUGAGCCUGUGCCAUAUUCGUCGAAUUAUCCGCCCAUGGACAUGAAUAUGGGGGACACGGUUUCUUCUAUUGACUCGCCACCUCAUCAAAUGCAAAGGCUUAAUCAUGAUAUAUCGACGAACCGGCUAGAUGGUCUGACCUUAGAAGAAUUGCAAAGAGAGAACGAGGAGAUAAACUCCAGGAUCCAGGAUUUACAGAGAAUUCGAUCCCAGUCCCAGCAACCAACUGCAGGCCAGAUCAAUUCGCAGACACAGCCAGGCCAGACCUUCCAAGAUCAGUCAGAACAGACCAAAUUCCAGACCCAGACAGACCAGACCUCACAAAACCAAUCAAGACCGUCCAAUAAGACAUCGCGCGAGACUUAUAACGAAGACGCACCUGUUGACGAGUAUGAGGAAGACGUUCCUGUCGACAAUGAGGCAACAGUGCGUUUCAAGAAAGGUUAUUGGCGUUUCGAAUGCACCGACCCUGAGAACCAAAACAAAGUGUGGGCUAGGGUUGAAGGCAAAUUGAGAAUUAAGGGACACAUUAUGGUAUCAUUGGACCCCAUUCCUCUGGAGAACGGGCGUCCUAGAAGGCACUACGCCUUCAGCAACAAUCAAGUACCGGUCGAUCCGCAGAACAUCCCGAGGCUGAAAAUGGGUACCCGACAGCAGAUUGAGAACUAUAGCGGUAACCUACGGCCAAUUGGGGCUGGUUACACCUUGACAGAUGCUUUUGAGGUCCAGCAGAACAGCAAGCGAUGGGCAUGCUUUGCAGAGGACUUUACGGAACAUGGGCCCAACGUCGAUCUGGGACCCGGCCCUGUGUCAAAGCAAACAUGGUUUACCUUCAGUGACUGUCGCUACAGAUUCAAAGGCUCGAACUGGCGGGUCUUCGAAAGCGUAUGGGCAAGAGCUGGACAGUCUGACCCUCGCCAACCUAAACCGAAGCGCGACCGGGAGAAGCUGCAGCAUCGGGGUAUGACAACGCGAAAUAGUGCGAAAGCUUCCGCUUGGGAUCGGGCUCACAGUAGCGCUCCCGUUUUAGGGAAAAGUGGAGUUCGUCUUUCGUUGCCUCCAGAGAAGCAUAGGUCUUUCAAGAGCAAGUCACCAAGUCGUAUUAUUGAAGGGGAGAGCGAGGACGAGAACAAUUACGUGGACGAUGACGAAGAUGAGUACGUGAACGAAGAUGAGUCCGUGAACGAAGAUGAGUCCGUGAACGAAGAUGAGUCCGUGAACAACGACGAGUACGUGGACGAAGAUGAGUACCUAGACGAAGAUGAACAAUCCAGCCAAAGUCAACAAACCGUCCAGAGUCAACAGUUCCAGCAGCCCGUCCAGUAUCAACAGCCAAUCCAGUACCAACAGCCUAUCCAGUACCAACAGCCCAUUCAGUACCAACAGCCCAUUCAGUACCAACAGCCUAUUCAGUACCAACAGCCCGUCCAGUUUCAACAGUCCAUCCGGCGGCAACAGUCCAACCAGAGCCAGAGAAGCACCAACAAGAACCAAAAACCCUCCAAACAGAGUCACCUGCCCAUCCGAAAUCAACAAGGCCAGCAAUUCAACCAUACCAACAACCAAUUCGGACGCUUCGGCCUACCCAGUAUCAACAUCCCGUCCAGUAUCAACAGCCUGAUCUAA